UGUUCAUUAUAUACUAGUCCGCAGUCCGUAGUUGAUCGUCAUUCCGCUAUAGUAUUAUAGUUCAGCUCGUUAAUAAUCAUUGGAAAAUUUUGAAAAUGGAGCAUACGGAAAAGCCGAUUUUUAAAGACGGCAUUUGGAAAGGAAUUGUAAGACCGCCAAUUGAAGGAUGGCAACAUUUCCGGAGUACAUUGUUGGAAAGGCUCAACAAAUAUCCGUUCCGUGUAGGCCAAAUAGACGCUUCAACGGGACAGAAAGAUCUCUAUGGAGACAUGGCGGACAGAAUAACGAGUUGUUCUAUGUGGUUGAAGAAAGGAAAUGUACAGCCUGGUGAUAUCAUUGGUAUUUGUACUUCCAAUAACCUGAACGCAGUCAUACCGCUUGUCGCCUCACUUCUUGCUGAAGCCAUUCCUAAUCCUUGGUGGGAUGCCGUUCUCACAGAUGAUACGAUAAAACACUUCCUGAACUUGACAAAACCAAAAAUUAUAUUUUCGGACGAGAUGAAAAUCAAGAAGAUAAAAGAAGUGGUGGACAAGACCGGCGAAAACAUAAGAAUUGUCUGCCUCGGCGACAUUCCCGGUUUUGAAAGUCUGAAUCAUAUCAUAGAGAAUACGGAUCCUGAUGCAAUGGCCAAAUUCAAAUGUGAGGAUUUGAAGGAUUUGCAAGAAGCAGCGGUGAUUCUCUAUACUUCAGGAACCUCUGGAUAUCCAAAAGGGGUUCUUCUCCCUUACAGCUGUUUAAUCGCCGAAAUGGGCCCAAUGUGCGAAACCCCAGAGAUUAUUUUCCGCACAGCUGGUAUUAACUGGAUAACUGGACUGAUGAACGCAUUGGUAACUAUAGGCGCUUGUUCGACCACUGUCAUACAUCCAAAUCUUGAUGAAAAAAUUAUUUUGGAAAUAGUGGAAAAAUAUAAGGUAAAGCGCAUUUCGUGUCUAAAUACAGCUCAUGCCAUACGAUUGUGGACGGCUAAGGAUCUCCGAGACUACGAUGUAUCGUCCCUCGAAUCCAUCCCCAUUGGUGGGAGUACAGUUCCCGCAGAAGUUGAUGAAUUCGUUCAGAAAUAUUUCAAAAAUGGCGCAGCGAACCUUGUAUAUGGUUGUACAGAGCUCGGCGGAAUAGCCAUUCGUCAGAAAUGGACCGGUAAACCCGGCUCAUGUGGACAACCUGGAGCAAAUCAUGAGCUGAAAGUGGUUGAUAUAGAUACUGGCAAAAUUUUAGGGCCGAAUGAGAAGGGAGAAUUCUUUGCCAAAUAUCCAUAUGGGAUGCUUGGUUACUUUAAUGAUCCAGACGCCACCAAAGCAGCUUAUGAUGAAGAAGGAUGGUACAGCACUGGUGAUUUUGGCUAUUAUGAUGCCGAUGGAGAGUUGUUCGUACUCGAUCGUCUAAAGGAACUCAUCAAAUUCCGAAUGAUCUACCAUAUAGCACCAGGUGUGAUUGAGAAAGUAAUCUUAAAUUAUCCUGGGGUGUUUGAAGCUGCAGUACUGGCAAGACCCCAUGUCAAGGAUAUCGAACAGCCGAUGGCUUUCAUCUCGCUCCGUUCUAAGGCAAAAGUAACAGAAAGCGAUAUAAUCGAUCACGUCGCGAAAAAUUUGCCUGACCACAUGCGCCUGAGAGGAGGUGUUAAAAUACUCGAUAAACUACCGUACACAAACUCAGGAAAAAUAUCCAAAAGAGAACUAAGGGAUAUAAUCAAAUCCCUAGAGGAAUAAAUGACGAAUAAAGUUAUGAGCAAAAAAUACCAUUUAUUGUGAAGCUUACGAUCUCCAAUCGAGAUUAUUGAAAGUCCGAAAUUUUGAAAGGAUUCGUUUGUUGUUUGGGUGUCCAUUUUUAUUUUAAGUGAUAAUUACGUGCAAUGACGUUAAUAAUUAUGAACUCAUUAUAAUCAAAUGAAUAAAUGUCUAAAAGAAAUUUCACUCUA